AUGACUCAAAACAUGCCUACAGAGAUUUUGGGCAAGAUAAAUCCAGAAAAAGUUUCUAAUAUACAAAGUAUUACACCUGAUGCUAAAAUAGAUUAUAUGCUUAAAAUUGAUUUAAAAAUCCUAAUGCAUUU